AACUUUUGACUGUCAAACUUUGCACCACUGUUCCUGCACCAGAGGUUAACAGGCCUCCAAAAUGCACAUUUUAAAUCGUCCCUAGACAGCCUUUUGCACAGUUUUGCAUGUUCAUCACUACAACUUUCUCUCGAUAGCAUGGGUCCAAAAAAGAGAGGAGCGAAGAGGAGGAAAACCGAGGGAGGAGAAGAGGAGGAAGAGGGUGCUGAAGAGAAGGAGGCUGAGGAGAGAGGAGACAUUAAGAGGAAGGACCGUGGGAAUAAGAAAUACAUUGGAGCUCAUGUUGGCAUUCAAGGAGGGAUCUGGAAAGCGGUGGGGUCCUGCACAGAGAUGGGGGGCAGCAGUUUUGCCUUGUUUCUGGGCUCCCAGCGCUCCUGGAAGAGGCCUGCACUGGAUCACGCAGCUGCAGACAAAUUUCGGGAGCAAUGUUGCAUACAGGAGUACGACCCGGCUCACAUCCUGCCUCAUGGGUCUUACCUAAUGAACUGUGGAUCUCCUAAAGAGGAUGUGUUUGAGAAGAGCCAGGCCCUGCUCGUGGAUGAGCUCAGCCGCUGCAGCCUCCUGGGCCUCACCCUCUACAACUUCCACCCCGGCUCCUCCCUGGGCUCCAUCACCACUGAGCAGUGUGUGGAGAAGAUAGCAGGAGCCAUUAACCACGCUCACCAGCAGACACCCGCUGUAGUUACAGUGUUGGAGAACAUGAGCGGUCAGGGCAGCACGGUGGGCGGAACGUUCUCCGAGCUGAAGAGCAUCAUAGACAAAGUGAGAGACCAGACCAGAGUCGGAGUGUGUCUGGAUACCUGCCACGCCUUUGCAGCAGGAUACGACGUGGCUGCAGAGGGAGGAGUGAAGGCCACGCUGGAUGAGUUUGAUCAGGAAGUGGGGCUCGGAUACCUUAAAGCCGUCCAUCUCAAUGACUCUAAAGGUAAACUUGGCUGCAACCUCGAUCGCCAUGAAGACAUCGGCAAAGGUCACAUCGGAAUCUCUGCUUUCCGAGACAUCGUCAACGAGCCCAGACUGGACAACAUCCCUCUGAUACUGGAGACUCCUGGACGGCCGGGAUUCGAGUACGCCGAGCAGAUCGAACUUCUCUAUUCCCUCUGUGAGAAAAAAUAGUGAGCACUGUCAUUGUUAAGUUGGUGCCGCUAAACUAAACUCUGCAAAAACCCCACAGCGCACGAGAGAAUUUGUCAAGGGCCAAAGUGGAUGACGGUGGAGCUUUUUUUGUUUGUUGAUCACUGUGUGAACCGUUCUGAACUCGAGUGAAAUAAAUGUGUUGUUGAAAGUUUA